AAUGGCAAUCGUACCUUCGAACAUCACAUGAAUCAGAACCCCAUGGCCGUCAAUCUCAGUUCCACCGCUUCUCUUCGCCCUGCACCUUCCUUUCUCCUCAGGAAAAACAAUUCCGUCCUCAAAUUCUACCCUUAUUCUUCAACCAGAACUCCUGCUCAGUCACAAGGGGCUGAGGCUGGAGUUACAGAGGAAGAUUCCCCGGCGGGACCUUUGUCCUCUGCCCGCUCACAGCUCGAUCUCUUGGAGCAACUUACAUCAACUAGCUCAUCAGUCAGUGGUUAUGAAAGUGAUGGCGGCUCUGGCAAACUUACUAUCCGUGAGCAGCUCGCACAGUUGGUAGGAGACAGAGAUGAUGAUUUCAGUAUUCCUUUGGGUAAAAACUUGAAGAAAGUGAGCGCCAGGUUCUUGACCAUUUCACAAAAGAGAAAUAUCAGGAGACAAGCUUACCUAAAUGAAGUUUCUCAAAGGAAUGAUUCGGUAUUCUUUGCCACUAUAGGAGCUUUUGUGAUUCUUCCUCCUCUUAUAAUACUAGGAAUUGCUGUGUUAACUGGUUAUGUACAGCUUUUUCCAUGAUAUGUGUUAUAUGAUAGAACGGCCACAUAAUAGAAUAUCUAAGAUAAUGACUUGUUUUCCUCU